AUGAGUGGCCGCAGGAGCAGCUCCGUUUAUCGUGUCAUUGUGUGUUUCGUUAGUUUUUCCCUUCUCAUGGCAAUCAAUGCUGAUGAUCGAAAUGGUGAAGUUGAUGAUGAACAUGAAUUUACGUAUUUGAAGAAUUCUCCCAAGGGACCAGAAAACUGGGGAAGUCUCAAAACAGAAUGGAAGUUAUGUUCAAAUGGGAAGUCCCAAUCCCCAAUCAAUAUAAUCGGGGAAAAAGUUUCGGUUUCGUCUGAAAUAGGGACAUUGAAAGGAAACUAUAAACCGGCUCAUGCUGUAUUGAGGAAUAGGGGACAUGACAUCAUGGUUGAAUGGAAUGGAGACGUUAUGGGCAUGAACCUCACAGGCAAUACUUACAAUCUACUACAAUGUCACUGGCACAUGCCCUCCGAACAUACAAUUAGUGGCCGAGGGUCCAACUUGGAAAUUCAUAUGGUCCAUAAGAGCUCCCAAGGGAAAUUUGCUGUAAUUGCCAUUUUAUAUGAUUUAGGACGUUCAGAUCCUUUUCUUGACAAGGUGAGAACAGCAUCGAAGGAGCAAAUUGCAAAAAUGAGGGAUGUCGUACAUGAUGGUUUCGAAAAUAAUGCAAGACCAUCUCAAUUGCUCAAUAAUAGAGUCGUAUCGAAGUAUCGCCAAGACAUUCAAUGA